AUGAAUAACGUAAAAAAGGGAGAACUAAAUCAAAAUGGAGAAAAGGAAAAUGUAGAAUCACCACUAUCAUUUUCGAUCAGCGAAAAUUCAAACGAAACAAACAUGAAAAAGAAAGUUAAGAAAGUGAGUUUUCUCCUAGAUAAAGAGGAGAACCAUAUAAAGAAGGACGAAGGAAGUAGCAUUGAUGAUAGUUCUGAAGAUCGUAUGGUUAAUAUACAAAAUGGUAUUAACCUUAAUAAUAAAGCUGAUUGUGCUAGUAAAAAAUGUUAUGAUAAUACCAAUGAUAAUAUAAUGAAGUAUAAUUAUAAUGGUAAAAAUAUAAGCAGUUAUAAUAUAGUGAAACAAGAAGAUAACAUAAAUAACAGUUUAAGCUGUGCGAGUUAUAUGGAUUUCGAUUAUAAAGAUAAUACGAAUGACUUCAUUUACGAAAAGCAAGAGAGGUAUGAGAAGAACGAAAAAAAUGAGAAGAUUGAAAAAUACGAUAAGCGCGAAUUUACUGAUAAUGAAAAAGACCAUCGUCGAACAAAUAUUCAUAUAUAUGAGGAAGAAAUAAAAGAUAUUUUAAAUGAGGACGAAGUAAAGGAUGUAUUAGAUGAGAGAGAAGUAAAGAAUGAUUUAAAUGAAAGAAAAGUAAAGGAAGCAUUAAAUGAAAAUAGGGGUGGUAAUAAAAAAGACGGGUUUGAAAAAUCGUAUAAUGACAGUCUAAAUAACUAUCUUUCUUCCUCCUUUGUGGAUAUUCUAAAUACAAUUCAUGAAAAUAAAAAAGAUCAAAGUAACUUGAAUGGAAGAAAAACAAGUGAGCAUAGUCAUAAUAAUAGUAAUAACGAUAAUAGUAAUAAUAAUGGAGAUCAUAUGAUGAAUGCUUCUAAUCCCAGUAACGGAAAAAAUUACGAAAAUAGAGAUUUUACAGAUACCUUAGAAAGUGACAACUUACGACUAAUUCCAUGUAUUUUAUGUGGAGAUACAAUUAAAACAAACGCUUCGAAAAUGUGUAACAAUUGUAUAUUACAAAAUGUGGAAAGUAAUAGCAUGAAUAUAAAUAAAGAUACCUAUUUAAUAUACUAUUGUCGUGAAUGUCGAAGAUAUUUACACAAUAAAUGGGUUUAUUGCGAGCUGGAAAGUAAAGAAUUAUUAGCUUUAUGUUUAAAAAAAGUCCAUAAAUUAAAAAAGUUAAAAAUACUCGAUGCCAAAUUUUUAUACACAGAACCUCAUAGCAAAAGAAUAAAAAUUCAUUUAACUGUGCAGGAAGAGUUGAUCAAUAACUUUAUUAGCGAAAUAGAAUUAAUUUUACACUAUGUAAUUAAAUAUACUCAAUGUGAUGAUUGUAAAAAAAAGUAUACUCCAUAUACAUACAAUACAUGUGUAUCAGUAAGACAAAAAGUCGAACAUAAAAAAACAUUGCUAUUUUUAGAAAGCCUAUUAUUGAAAUGUAAUAUGAAUGAAAAUAUUAUUAAUAUUGUUUCAAAUCCUGAUGGGUUAGAUUUUCAUUUUUUAUCAAGAAAUGAUGCAUUAAAAUUUUGUGAUUUUAUUUUAAGUAAAACAAUGUCAAAAUAUAAAAACUCAAAACAUUUAAUUAAUCAUGAUGCAAGUAAUAAUACGUAUAACUAUUUAUACACUUUUUCUAUUGAUAUAUGUCCAAUAUGCAAAUUUGACUUAAUUUUUUUUCCAAGAGAUUUAUCUAUGAAAUAUGGAAUUAAAAGUUCUUUCUACUUAUGUAUGCACGUUUCUAUUUUUAUUAUUUUAAUUAAUCCUUUUUGUUUUUUAAAUAAUGCGCAUAUAUCACAAGAAAGAUACAACAAGCAUCCCUUCCUCCCUCUGUUAAGUAAAGCCGACGCUAAGGUAUUUCUAAUACUCAAUGUAGAAUACAUUGACAGUGACCCAUAUUCUAAAAACAAAAAGAAAAAUUAUGUAGGAAAUAAAGAUAACAAUAAUAAAUUAAACAAUAACAGUAAUGCUUUAGAUGAUAAUAAUUCAUUUGCAAAUGCACAAGGUAAAAACAAAAAUAAUAUAAAAAAUAAAAAUAAUUUAAAAAGAAAAAUAAAAAAUUUUACCAACGCUCAAGAUAUAGAAGAAUAUUCUACGGAUGAUGACUAUGUUAUUAACGAUGAUGAUAAAAACAGUCUUACAGAUACAAAAAGCUGUAAAUCAUCCUCAAGAAAAGUAAAAUUAGAUAAACUGGUGUAUGCGUAUGUCGAAUUAUAUGACGAGUCCAAUGGAAACACCAUACUAACAAAAACUUGUAAUGCAAAACAUUUAAAGCCAGGGGAUUAUGUGAAUGCAUAUGACUUAAGAAAACAUACAUUCGAUAACGAAAUAAGUUUAUAUUUAGAAAAAAAUGAUAAUUAUAAUAUAAUUAUUAUUGAUAGAGUAAAAUCAAAAGAACGACAAAAAAUUGAAAAUGAAUUACAGGUUCAAUAUAACAAUAUUGAAACCGUAAAAAAUAUUAAUGAAGAAGAUGUCUUUAAAAGAAUUGUUCUAAACAAUUGUAGAGACAUAGAAAAUAUGACAAUCAAAGGAGCCUAA